UUGUUAACACCGAAUGACAUUUCUCUUAAAGCAUUGUCAUUCACUUAAUUGAAAAAUGUAUUACGAUGAAAACCAAGGAGACUUAGAGACCGAACUAUUAAUAAGAUGGUGCUAUACAACCUAUAUAAUUACCAAUUAAAUCAAUAAACUAUUAAAUUUACGAUGAAAAAGUGCGUUAUGAAAUAUUAAUUACAAGGAAUGAUUUUUUCGAUUUCAAAAGGGAAUUAAUUAUUCAGUCUGGACCUUAAAAUGCACGAGUGAACGCGUAUGCGCAUGUACGUGACAAUGCUAAAUUUCUAAACCGAAUGUUGGUAAAUUUUUAUCCUUUUAACGUUAUCUACCGCAAUAUAUACAUAUAUAUGUACAUAUAUGUAUGUAUAUAUCGAAGCGCUCCUUGGUUUCAAGAAGUACCGAGGAACACUACACAACAGUGGAUUACGUAGUGAACAGCUGUUUGGAGUGAAACAUUCUAAAUAUUCUUUGAAAAAAUUGAUUUUGUUCGCGAUAUCUCUUCGACAAUAGAAAGAUUUAUAAAAAUAGAGUAGAAGCGGUGGACGUUGAAUUUAUUUCGAGACUGAUCGAUUUUAAGGAUAUUCGUGAAUACGAACAACACGAUCAAAAUGGUAUCCCUAAGAGUAUCUCCCGUGUUAGCUGUCAAAUAAAUGGACGUAACUUAAGCUUGCGAACUGAAAGAGACAAGUAAAAUUCUAAAAAUGGAUGUCGUGACAACAAGUUUGGAAGCUUUGAUACAAAGAGUAACGAAUCCACAAAAUCAAAAACCCGAUAUUGCGGCUAUCGAAGCUUUUUGUGUAAUGUUGACUAAAGAACCAGAAGGUAUUCAAAUUGGUACAAAGUUAUUAGCAUUACAUAUUCAAUCGUCUAAUGAGUCAGAAGCGCUUCAAGCUCUUGUCCUAUUGGAUAUGUGUAUGCAAAGAUGCGGGUCAUCUUUUCAUGCAGAAAUUGGUAAAUUUCGUUUCUUAAAUGAAAUGAUACGACUAGUUUCGCCGAAAUAUUUAGGUGGAAAGACACCGAUCGUGGUACGCCACAAAGUAUUACAAUUACUACAUACAUGGACGAAGGAAUAUCCACGUGAAGUGAAAAUCAAAGAAGCUUAUGAAAUGUUGAGAAAGCAAGGAGUUAUAGAGGAUGAUGUGUUGUGCACAAUUAAUGCUUCAGAGGAUGCAUCAAAAACAUCAAAAGCUAAGCAUACAAUAUUUGAUGAUGAGGAGAAAUCCAAAUUAUUGCAAAAAUUACUUCAAAGUAAACAUCCUGACGACUUAUUAGCGGCAAAUAGACUUAUUAAAUCUAUGGUGAGAGAGGAUGAAAGAAGGGUACAGUUGAAUUCGCGUAGGAUAAUGGAAUUAGAGUCUAUACAUAAUAAUGUAAAGUUAUUGUCUGAAAUGUUAGAUUCUUAUAAUUGGAAAGAAACCAGUAAAGAAGACCUUGAGUUGAUGAAGGAAUUGAAACAAGCCUGUGAAAGAUUGAAACCAAUUGUACUUAGAUUAGCAAAUGAAACUCAAGAUAAUGAAGAAAUGCUUGGCGAUGUGCUCGCUGCAAGCGACGAAUUGGAACAAGUCUUCGAAAAAUAUUCGGCGGUUAUAGACCGUGGUGAAUGCUUAAAUCCUAAAACAGACUCCAAUGUCAACUCGUACUUAUUAGACCUGUCUUCGCCGAUAGAAAAUAAGCCUGUCGAAAACAGUGAAAUGAAUAAGGUUUACGACGCAACUGGAAUUAAUCAUCAAUCGGACAUGGAAGUUCUAGGGGAUAUCUUCAGUUCAUUAGGAAGAUCUGAAAAUCCAGAAAUCCCUUCCGUCUCCACUACAAAUCUAUUAAUGUCUAAUUCGAUGAUCAUGCAACCAAUAAGUAUGCACCCGACAAAUAAAAAAGGUGAAACAGUCGACACACCUGAAAAGAAAAUGGACAGUAAAUCAAGAGCAUUGGAGGAACUGAACGAAUUAGGGGAGUCGUUGCUUAAACAAAGUUUAUCGGACUCGGUAUCAAAUAUUCGAUCCUCCUCGACAAGUAAGGAGAUAAGCAAUAUCAAAGUACGUGCAGAAAUUCCAUCGAAACAUAAUUCAACGGUUAUUCCAAGUAACGAUCCUUCUAAUUUUUCUGAUUCAUUGGACAUUUCAAACGCAACGAACGGUGAAUCAAUUAAUACUUGCACAAAUCAUAUCGUUGAUACAAAUGAUGCGAUCUCAACACAAGUGUGUGAAAGUCCAUCGGUUAUACGAGACGCUAUUUUGAUUGCACCAACGACAGAAGACAUUCUGUGUGCAGAACCAGAAAUCAAACCGUUGACGGACAUAAACGUUAGUCUUCACGACAUUAAACCAGGCACCAACCCACCCAUAACCGUGCUCGAAGAAAAAAAUGGUAUAACUGUCGUGCUUCAUUUUGCCCGAGAUAAUCCUAGGCAAGACGUGUAUGUCGUAGUAAUUACAACGAUGAGCAAAAAUUUGAAGCCACUUAGUAAUUAUUUGUUUCAAGCAGUGGUACCAAAGAAAUGUAAAUGUAGACUUCAACCACCUUCUGAAACUGUAUUACCAGCUCAUAAUCCAUUUCUUCCUCCAUCGGCAAUCACUCAAAUUAUGCUGAUUGCAAAUCCCAGUAAGGAAUCAGUGUCAUUAAAAUUUAUGUUAAGUUACACAAUGGAAGACGAAACUUUUACAGAAAUGGGAGAAGUGGAAAAGUUGCCUUUACUUUGAAGAAUAUUUUCUAACGGUAAUUUGAAAUCAUUAUACCAACU